AUGGCGCAAACGAAAACAACUGCAUUCGAAGACUUGAGCAGCGAAAUACAUAUUUCCGUAUUUGAAUAUCUAAAUGUUAAUGAAUUACUCGACUCAUUUUAUAAUUUAAAUGUCUAUUUCAAUCGACUGUUAACUGAUUAUCAUUUAUUAUUACAUUGUUCAUUGAUAAAUGAUCUAAACAAUCUCGACAUNUUUAUGGCGCAAACGAAAACAACUGCAUUCGAAGACUUGAGCAGCGAAAUACAUAUUUCCGUAUUUGAAUAUCUAAAUGUUAAUGAAUUACUCGACUCAUUUUAUAACUUAAAUGUCUAUUUCAAUCGACUGUUAACUGAUUAUCAUUUAUUAUUACAUUGUUCAUUGAUAAAUGAUCUAAACAAUCUCGACAUAAUUUUAUCAGCUAUUUGCUUGGAGCAACUCAGAUCUCUGAAAUGUUAUGAUUACGAUUUGAUACGAACAGUGAAUCCCAAUCAAUUUGUAACGCUUCGUUCUCUAACCGUAUUCAAAUACGCCACAAAUGUAGGUAUCACAUCCAUUAUUGACUUUAUUUUUAGAAUUCCGCAACUAAAAUUUUGUCAAAUAAAGAAUUCGGCACAAUGUUCCGGUCGAGUUACAGUCACUCCCGUAAAUUAUGACAACAAAAACGACAAGUUAGUUUCUACAAUCGAAUAUUUCGAGAUGGAAUCGAAGUCUUGCCUAUCAUUUGCCUAUCUCUAUUCAAAUAUUCUUCGAUAUACUCCAUCUAUUCGAUAUUUCAGCGGGUUUGUAACUAGUAGUCGAACUCAUUCGAAGAUUCAACAUGACCCUAUUGCUAAUCUGAAUGACCUCUCCACUUUGAUAUUGACAAUUACCUCUAUUGAAUUCGAACAGUUAUAUUUGCUGGCACAAUCAACUCAGAAUGUUGAACAUGUAAGAUUAGACUGUGUUACAGCUGUACAUGAUCGAUCAUUUCUCAACAAUGCAAGUUGGCUUCAGUUUUUAUCCUCAUGGAAGCAUCUACGAUAUCUUUAUAUAUAUACUCGAACAAAAUAUAAUGUCAAUUAUAAUGAGUUCCAGACUAUUCGUCAAACGUUUCCAUUGAUUCCAUAUGUAAUCGAUCAGUUUCGACGUCCUAAAUUUACGGUGUCACGGUCUAGCAGGGGACGCGCUGCAUUCCUCGUGAACUAUAAAGAGCAUUUGCAAUAA